AGAAAUUAGCGUCGAACUCGAAGCGAAGCCGAUACAUUUUGAGGUUAUAUUUUGUAUUUCUUGUUAGCCGAUAUUAAAAACCUGCAAAAAUGGCGGCUGCUAUGCCAAUAAAUCCCAAACCAUUUCUUAAUAGUCUAACGGGUAAAUCCGUGCUAGUUAAAUUAAAAUGGGGUCAUGAAUACAAAGGUUUGUUAGUAUCAACAGAUGGCUACAUGAAUUUGCAACUUGCUAAUACUGAAGAACUUGUCGAUGGAACUUGUACAGGUAAUUUAGGUGAAGUUUUAAUAAGAUGCAAUAAUGUCUUGUAUGUAAGAGGAGCUGAUGAAGAAGAUGAAGAAGGAGAAAUGAAAGAAUAAUUAGUAAUUAUUACAUAAGUUAGAAUAAGGAAUUAUCUUAAGAAUAACAGGCAAAAGGGAAAUUUUAAGCAAAAAAAUAGAAAUUUCAUAUUACUCUGUUAGCAGUAAAAUUACCUUAGGUAUAUAUCCCGAAAUACUAAUGAUUGAGGAGAAAAAUGUUAAUUGGAACUAUUGUUGUAUACAAUGUUUAAAUGAAACAACUUUAAUACUUUUUUUUUUUUAAUAACUAUGUCUGAAACAACCUCUUCAGCAUGAAUUCCAUAACUUGUAUAAUUAAUUAUAAGUAAAUUUUCACCA